GAGCCCCUCCAAACACUGCACAGCAGCUCUCAGAUUAUUUGCGGCAUCGAUCGGAACCGGCUGCGGCUGUGUGAAACCGGAUUUGAGCUUGCUGAAGACUCUCGCCGAGUGCUUUUGUUUUGUCAAAGAGCGAGAGGGAGAGAGAGGGAGAGAGACAUCCCAACUGCUGCACGGCGGCCGCGUCGCAAAGAUGGGGAAGCUGAUUCGGCUGGAGCUUUUCAAUUUCAAGUCUUACAAAGGGCACCAUACUCUUCUUUUUGGCGAUGCGUACUUCACGUCGAUCAUCGGACCGAACGGUUCGGGGAAGUCAAAUUCCAUGGAUGCAAUUUCUUUCGUCCUAGGUAUCAAAUCCUCCCAUCUCCGUUCCACGAAUCUUCGCGAUCUUGUCUAUCGAGGGCGGGUCCUACGUACAUCAAAAGUCGACGGGGAACCAUCUCCGGCGGGGGAAGGUCAGGAGGAUGGUGAACAAGCAGAAGAUGAUAUGGAUGGGGAUGCCUCGCAGGAGCAAAGCUCUCAGAGCGAUCCAAAAACCGCGUGGGUCAUGGCAGUUUACGAGGACGACGCAGGCGAGGAGCAACAAUGGCGUCGAUCUAUCACGAGUCAGGGCGUGAGCGAAUAUCGGAUCAACAAUCGCAUCGUCACCGCUCAGCAAUACAAUGAGGCUCUCGAGGCAGAGAACAUCCUCAUCAAGGCGCGCAACUUCUUGGUCUUUCAAGGUGACGUGGAGGCGAUCGCGUCACAGUCCCCCAAGGACCUCACUCGUCUGAUUGAGCAGAUCUCGGGAAGUUUGGAGUACAAGGCGGAAUACGAACGGCUCAAGGCUGAGGCCGAGGAGGCCGCCGAGGAUCAAACUACACAGCUCAACCGCCGAAGAGGUAUCAACUCCGAGAUCAAACAGUAUCAGGAGCAGAAGCGGGAAGCAGAUAACUACACACGCAAGGCCGAGGAGCGGGACCAAGCUAUCAUCACACAUAUCUUGUGGAAGCUCUUCCACUUUCAGCGCUUGAUUGACGCUUCCAGUGCCGAUAUCCAGAAAUACCAGGACGAGCUCAAGGAACACCGCCGCGGUGUGGAGAAAUACGAGAAGAACGUGGAAGACGCCAAGAAGGAGCACGCUCGAGUGGGACGGGACGUGAUGAAAGCGGAAAAGAACAUUGCGAAGAAGGAGAAGGAAAUUGAAGAAUUAAACACUUCGCUAGUGCCCGUCGACGAGAAGGUUGAGAUCACGAUGAAGAAGGUCGAACGAUACGCUUCAAGGAUCGCAGAGAUCGGCAAGGAACGUGAUUCGCAGUCGUCCAAUGCAAAGCAACUCGAAAAGGACCUGAAGGUUGUCGAAAAGGCGCACGCCCAAUGGGAAUCAGAAUGGCAGAAGAGCAUGAACAAGAAGGGCGGUCAAUUGAGUCAGGCAGACCAACAUGAGUACAACAAGCUGAAAGAAGAAGUCAAUCGGCGCUCUUCUGCCGAACAGCUGAAUCUUGACAAUUUGCGGCGACAGCAGAAAACGGAGGCUGAAGCCGUAAACAGCCUGAAGAGCAAGUAUGAGAGCUCCGAGUGGCAACUUAAAAGCCUUCAGAAUGAUACCCAAACACUGGUCGAGCGGAAAUCGGCAGUCGAUGAUGUGAUCAAGACGGCGUCCAAAGACAUCGACAGCAAAAAGAAGGAACUGAAUGCCCUGACGUCCGAACGCCUGCGUGUCUCCCAGAUGAGAAUCGAGCUCGAGGAGAAGCUGCAAGUUGUUCUGAAAAAGCUACUCGAAGCCGAUGAUGGCAAGAAACAGACCGAAAGGGAAGUGAGGGCGAAGGAACUGAUCUCGACUCUGAAGCGCAUCUUUCCUGGCGUCAAAGGUCGCGUCAGCGAUCUAUGCCGUCCGAAGCAGAAGAAGUACGCAGAGGCAGUCAGCACCGUUCUCGGGCGGCAUUUCGAUGCUAUUGUCGUUGACAACGAGAAAACCGCAAAAGAGUGUAUCCAGCAUCUGCGCGACCAACGGGCGGGCCAGGCCACUUUUAUCCCUCUCGAGACUAUUCAAGUGAAAGCUUUCAACUCGAAUCUGAAAGGUAUGCAUCGGGGAAUGCGCCCGGCUAUUGAGACGGUGGACUACGACGAAUCCGUGGCAAGAGCCAUCAGCUACUCGUGUGGAAACGCCAUUGUCUGCGACGAUUUAGCUACCGCCAAGUACCUUUGCUAUGAGAGACAUAUUGACGCCAAAGCCGUCACUUUGGACGGCACGGUGAUCCACAAGGGCGGUUUGAUGACUGGUGGACGUGGGCCUCAGCAAAAUUCGAAGCGCUGGGAGGAUGCGGAAGUGGAAAACCUGUAUAAAUUGAAAGACAAAUUGAUUGCCGAUCUUGGCAAUCUGCCCAAGGGUCACCGCCGCGGUACAGAAGAGGAAUCUUUGCAAGGCGACCUGGUCGGUCUUGAACAGCGCCUUUCCUAUGCCCGCGAAGAGAAGAAGUCGCUUGAGCGCAACUUGGAGAGCAAGCGCAGCGAGCUCGACUUUGUCAAGCGCCAGCUCAAGGAGCUUCGGCCCAAAUACGAACAGCAGCGAAAGGCGCUGGAGAACCUCGACCAAGCCAUUGAGGCAUCGCAAGAAACUGUGAGCAGCGUUGAGGAUGAAGUGUAUGGUGCUUUCUGCCAACGUCUCGGCUACGACAAUAUCCGAGAAUACGAAGUACAGCAAGGGUCGUUACAAGAAGAAGCCACGCAGAAGAAGCUCGAAUUCACUACGCAGAAGAGCCGCAUCGAGAACCAGCUCAGCUUCGAGAGACAGCGCCUACAGGCAACUGCCGAUCGUAUCAACGGCCUCAAGGCCCAGCAUGAGCGUGAUACAGCCCUCAUCGAGGAACUCAGGGCGGAACAGGAACAGAUUCGCCAUAAGCUCGACGAGUGCGAGGCAGAGCUGGAGAUCCUUCGUGAACGUCUGGAGGAACAGAAAGAGUUGUAUGCGCAUGCAGGAGAGAGUCUAACUCAGGAACGCCGAGAGCUUCAGAAGCGCAGUCGAAACGUCGAAUCGUCUCUCAGGGCCGUCAACGCUCUUGAGGGCGAGAUCCAGCGAAACUCGUCGAGCCGAUACGCCCUGCUCCGACGAUGCAAACUCGAAGACAUCGACAUUCCUCUCACGGAUACCUCAAACUCGCUGGAUCAGCUACCCAUUGAUGAUCUCGUCCAAGCAACUGACCCGGAAGCCAUGGACGUGGACGAAGAUGUUACUGGCAGCAACGGGGAGGGACCAGUCAUCCAGGACUAUGGGAUCGAAGUCGACUUUGAUUCUUUGGGAGAGACACUAAAGGAGGAGGCCGACGACAAACUCGAAGAAGAAUUAUUGGACAAAGUCCGAGCUCUAAACAGCGAGCUGGAAAAGAUGACGCCCAACACCCGUGCUCUGGAACGAUUGGAGAGCGUAGAGAGCAAGCUCCGGGGCACGGAGAAGGACUUUGAGAACGCACGCAAGCGGGCCCGCAAGGCGAAAGACGACUUCGAGUCAGUGAUGCGCCAGCGCUCGGAUCUGUUCAACAAGGCCUUCUCGCACAUCUCGGAGCAGAUUGGACCGAUCUAUCGUGAAUUGACACGCAGUGCCAAUUAUCCUCUUGGAGGACAAGCGUAUCUGGAUAUCGAAGACUCGGACGAGCCCUAUCUCGACGGAAUCAAAUACCAUGCGAUGCCGCCCCUGAAACGGUUCCGGGACAUGGAGCAUCUCUCUGGCGGCGAGAAGACGAUGGCGGCUCUGGCCCUGCUCUUCGCCAUCCACUCCUACCAGCCGUCACCUUUCUUCGUGCUGGACGAGGUCGACGCAGCGCUGGAUAACACCAACGUCGCGCGAAUCGCCAACUACAUCCAUGACCAUGCCGCGCCGGGCAUGCAGUUUAUCGUCAUCAGUCUCAAAACAGGCCUGUUCCAGAACAGCGAGGCGCUCGUUGGCAUCUACAGAGACCAGGCCGAGAACAGCAGCAAGUCGCUGACGCUUGAUCUCCGGAAAUACAAUUAAUCGAUCGAAUAUCUUUUGAUUUGGAAUCCCUGACACUAUCCGUUUUGCUCCUAUUAUGUCGGUGUACACUAGUACAAUAGUUCAUUCUCGAUUAUUUUUUUCCCUUUUUUUUUUU